GUGCAGCUCCGCUCCGCUUUCCUUAACCCGGCACAUCUCAUUCGCUCCAUUAACGACCCCGAGCACCCCCUCACCCUGGAGGAGCUGAAUGUCGUCGAGCAAGUGCGAGUGAAAGUGAAUGACGCAGAAAGCACGGUGGCAGUGGAGUUUACGCCCACCAUUCCUCACUGCAGUAUGGCGACGUUAAUCGGCCUCUCCAUAAAAGUAAAAUUGAUCAGAUCUCUGCCUGAGAGAUUUAAGCUGGAUGUUCAUAUAACACCAGGAACACAUGCCUCUGAGCAUGCAGUUAAUAAACAGCUUGCUGAUAAAGAACGUGUAGCAGCUGCUUUGGAAAACUCUCACUUGCUGGAAGUGGUGAAUCAGUGUUUGUCUGCUCGAUCGUAAUUGCCCAAUGAGGAAAUCGUUGGUGUUCUGCUAUGUUAAACUAAUUUUGUAUAUAAGUGGUGACGCUAGUGUUACACUAUACAUAUGAGCAAAAUAAAAUCACUUGGAUUUUCU